AUGGCCGCUAUCGUCAAGGCGAUCAACGCAAAGAUCAGGUCUAACCCUGUGACGGACUAUGUCUGCUCUACCCACUUCUGGGGCCCCGUCUCCAACUUUGGUAUCCCUCUGGCCGCCGUCAUGGACACCCAAAAGUCUCCCGACCUCAUCUCCGGCUCCAUGACCGGUGCUCUUUGCAUAUACUCCGCCACCUUCAUGCGCUACUCUCUCGCCGUCCAGCCCAAGAACUACCUCCUCUUCCUCUGCCACUUCGUCAACGAGGGCGCCCAGCUCACCCAGGGCUACCGCUGGCUGCAGUACAACCACUGGGGCGGAAAGGAGGCCCUGAACGCCAAGAACGCCGUCGAGGGUGUCAAGGACAAGGCUGCCGCCGUCGAGGCCAAGGUCGAGAAGGCCAUUGGCAAAUAA